CUGUUGUUAUCCUCUGUCCUUGCACCCUGUAUCACUCUGUCCUGUCUCUCCAUCCUUCUCCAUCGCUACAGAGUGGGACUCCUCCAUCUGCAACAUCCAUUUAGGAACCCAAAGAGUCAGGAACCAUGCUGACCAUUUUGGCGCUAGCAUCGGUCAUACUGCUUGGAAUAGUGCCCCAACAGUCGGAGGCCAUCGUCAUCUACACGGGCUGGGAGCGUCACGCCCUGGUGGGGUCAGACAUCCGUCUGUCAUGUUCAUUCUUCUCCUGGCGCUGGACUUCCGAUGACGUCACCUUCUCCUGGAGCUACCGUGCCGACGGAGCCAGGGACAGCAUCUCUGUCUUCCACUACGCAGGUGGAUCCCCUUAUGUGGACAACAAGGGACCGUUCAGAGACAGGCUGGAGUUUGUGGGGAACCCUGGUCGCCGGGACGGAUCCAUCCUACUCAAGAACCUGGACUACGGAGACAACGGCACCUUCACCUGUGAUGCCAAGAACCCGCCUGACAUAGUGGGACGCGCCUCCAGUGUCAGACUGCUGGUCUUUGAAAAAGUUCCCAUCCAGGCCGGAGUGAUCACAGGGGCCAUCAUCGGUGCGGUGCUGGGUCUGUUGGUGCUCGUCGUGGUCAUCUACUAUCUCAUGAGGUUCCUGGUGGCCCGCAGAGUCUUCAACCUCAGUGUCAGCAAACAUGGAAAGAAAGGGAAGGGUAAAGAGGGAUCACAGCAGAGACAGUGAUGGACACCUCUCCUCUCCUCCACCCCCCUGAUCACCAACACCCCUCUCACUCCCCCUGCACGUUCAUUCACCCACCAUUUCUGCUGGUUGGAAUGCCACGUCGCUGUCUUCUGCCCAACUAUUGGCCAGGGAUGGAAACAGAAUCAUCCUCGUUAGUUCUCAUUGAAGACUUUAAUUUAGCUAUAGCUCUCUGCCGGUGGCAAAAGUGUGUGUUUUAUGUGUCUAUGUGUCUAGUCAGACUGUCAUGUCAAACAAAAGAUGAGGGGACAAACUGUGUAUGUGUAUGUCACCCUAAAGUAAAUAGUUAUAGUUACAUUUUACUUUACAUGUGCACACAUGGAGACGAUGUUUUGUUUGAGAGAGGCAGACAUGUGAUAGAUCUUCUUAUGACAUUUAAUCACAUUUCUGCUCUUGUAUCUGGAGGGGGAUUCUGUGUGGCUGUUCAUUUCUUUUUGGUGCAUGUUUUCCAGGUGCGGAAAAUAAAGUCAUUUUUCAUUUCA